CCAUUUCAAUCUGAUUCAGACUCCUCUCUCUCUCUCUCUCUCUCUCUCUCUCUCUCACACACACACAUCUGGCAGCGUUGAAGUGAUGGACGGAGAUCAACAGUCCAAUCCUCGAACGGUUGAAGAAGUUUUUAGAGAUUUCAAGGGUCGAAGAGCUGGCAUAAUUAAAGCUCUUACUAUUAAUGUUGAAGAGUUUCAUCGGCAAUGCGACCCUGAGAAGGAAAAUCUUUGCCUUUAUGGAUUUCCGACUGAGCAGUGGGAAGUCAAUUUGCCUGCUGAAGAAGUGCCUCCAGAACUUCCAGAACCUGCAUUAGGUAUCAACUUCGCUAGAGAUGGUAUGCAAGAUAAGGACUGGCUAUCCUUGGUUGCUGUCCACAGCGAUGCAUGGUUACUUGCUGUGGCCUUCUAUUUUGGUGCUAGAUUUGGAUUUGAUAAAGCUGAUAGGAAGCGUCUCUUCAAUAUGAUAAAUGAUCUUCCAACGAUAUAUGAAGUCGUGACAGGGAUGGCCAAGAAACAAGCAAAGGAGAAGUCAUCAGCCUCGAAUCACAGCGGCAACAAAUCUAAAUCGAACUCUAAGGCUAUAAACUUUUUGCUUACCAAUACUACAAUAGAAAUAAAUGCCCCCAAUGCAUGUGGACUCACAGCUAUGGACAUUUUAGCAUAUAGUCGAAGACAUGUGAAAGAUAUGGACAUUUUAGAAUUCCUUCAGCAAGUUGGAGCUCUAAAAUCAAGAGACACUCAAUCUGUGAGGGCCAAAAGUUCAUCUGUAUCGCAUUCCAAUCAUCUAAAACCAAUUUCGCUGUUGGGAUCACAAGAAACCAGCGGUUGGGAAAAACAUUUCAGGAAGCAGGAUGCCUGGUUGGACAAGCAGCGCGACGCAUUAAUGGUAGUAGCAUCCCUCAUAGCAACCAUGGCUUUCCAAGCCGGUAUCAACCCUCCCGGAGGUGUUUGGGGGGACACCCGAAAAGCAAAUUCUCAGGUAGGUAGUAGUAGUAGUCGUAAUGACGACACCCCACCACACAUGGCUGGUACUUCCAUGAUGGCUGACACGAUCCCAGUGGUGUUCGACAUAUUCCUAGCCUGUUACACAACAAGUUUCAUCGCAUCUCUCAGUAUAAUUUUGUUGCUCACAAGUAGCCUACCAUUCAAGCGUAGGGUGUUUAUGUGGAUUUUGAUUGUGAUUAUGUGGCUGGCAGUUUACGCAAAUGCGUUUUCCAUAAUUGCCAUCACACCACUCCACGAGCGCGUGCUAGUUUGGGUUCUGGGAAGAAUUGUUAUGAUAACAGGCUUUGCGUGAUGACUCUUCUUCUUGUUGUACACACAAUUCGCUUCAUAGUGUUUGUAAUCAAGAAAAUAUCCAGAAGAGUCGGAAGAUGCAGAGGGAGGGCAAGUUCAAGUUCGACUGGAAUGAAUAGCACCAGUACUGUUUGACGUGUGCGCAUUAUGAGUUACUUUCAUGCAUCAGUGUUCAUCAUGUUCUGUAUUUUAGUUGUUGUGUAUGUGCUGCAUGUUGAUCUUGUAUAAUUUAUUUAUCUACAAUAAUGCUGUUGGGCCUUUUUUUUCUUGUCUGUCAUAUGUAUUUGAUGUGGAUGAAAAAACAAAAAAAAAAAACUUUUAGGUAAAAUAAUUUUGUAACUUACAAUGUUGGUGUUCGAUGACUAUCGUGUCUAAUGGUACAAUAUCUUUUUUUAAA